UUGAAAAAAUCACAUUUUACUUUCCAGGUAACUGCACUUGUACAACGAGGUCGCCUUUUGGAGGCAGAAGGAGCAGAUGACGCUGUUGCGUUCGAUUCAACCGCGGCAUUGCCGUCAGAUGCAUAUUGUGGGCUGAGGAACACCAUCUCGGCUUUUGAUGAAGGUGCUGCCGUUGACGCUGCGCUGAAGAUCCUAAAGCAGAUGUUGACCGAUUGCGUGCGAGAUAUAGCCCAAGGUGCUAACAAACGUGCGGAUGAAGUGGUUAUGUCGUUGAGCAGGUAUGAUUUGAUUCCCUCUGAAUUGUGUCUUUGGUAUCCAAAACAUGUUCAAAUCGAAAGUUUUUCUCGAGGGAAAUAUAUCUUUUCAAGGUGGCUCCAUUCUCCGAACUCUCUUUUAUUUGACCCUGCUAUCACAAGAAGCGUGAGUGUUCUAGAAAGGAAACUCGUUUUACUCUUAUCCGCUGAAUGUGAACGACUAGGAGCUAAGAUCAUUCACGCAACACCAACUAAGCUGGUGUUAGAUACUGGUAAACGAGAACACGAUCAAGGUACAGCGUUCACAGAACUGCUUCUACAGUCACUGGGACAAAAUCCACUUUUUGCCGCUUUGCACAUGACACCAAUUCAUAGAUGGACCACUUUGUUGUGGUAUGAUGGAUACAAUCACACAGGAGUUUGUGACAAAGUUGUCGAAACUUCUACCGAAACUAGUGAAGCCACUGGAGGAUCUCAAACCAAAGUAGAGACGCAGCAUCACUGGCGAUUGGCCGAUGAUCUGCCGAAUGAAGGAGCCGUUAGAGAAGAAUUUCGAAAGAUUGUGGUUGGAUAUGUGACGUUAUAUAUGCAGCAGCAAACUAAGGAGGGCUUCGAUGCAGAAAAAGCUGUUGCUUUUCGAGAUGAUCUUGUCAGGACACACAUAGGGCAUAGGUUAUUCCGGGUAGUCUCUAAAUUGACUGGCCAGAGAGUGACACACUAUGCAGCCGCUUCAUUGGUUAAAGUG